UGGAGUCUUAUAAACAUGGAGACAGCAGGUGCUGGACGUGGGCUACCGUCCUCAGGUCUCGAGGCUCCGGGUUCCGCAGACGAUCGGCUUUUCCUGGUGAAAGGUGGAGUUUUCCUUGGUACUGUGGCUGCAGCAGGAAUGCUAGCGGGAUUUGUUACAACAUUAUCAUUGGCUAAAAAGAAAAGCCCUGAAUGGUUCAAUAAGGGAAGUAUGGCCACAGCCGCCUUACCAGAGAGCGGGUCUUCCCUUGCCUUGCGAGCCCUCGGCUGGGGCUCACUUUAUGCCUGGUGUGGGGUUGGUGUGAUCAGCUUCGCAGUCUGGAAAGCUUUAGGAGUUCACAGUAUGAAAGACUUUCGAAGUAAAAUGCAGUCAAUAUUUCCAGCAAUUCCCAAGAACUCGGAAUCGCCUCUUGAGUGGGAGGAAGCAUUGAAAUCCAAAUGAGAUGAGCAUGGUGGGGAAAGUCUAAAACAAACGUCAUGGAGAGGGUGGCUUUGGAGAUGUCACAGAAGCAAAGGGACUCCCCUGAUUUAUCAUCAGGGACAUGUGCAUUGCUGACCGAACCCACAGGACGGAUGGCGUUCAGUGCCGCACAGGAGGCCUAUAGUCUGUGCGCUUUACUUUAAAAUUGGGGUGUGGGUGUGUGUGGGUGUGUGUGAAGGUUUUCCCAAAAUUAGGAAGAUUCUUGCAAAAUAAUUAUAUGGAUAACCUCUCGGUGGAGAAGAUCCCAAGGGAAAUCCUUCUGUUUACAAGGGCUAAAACCAAGUUUUGUACCUGGGGGAAAAAUAAACGUGUAGUAACAGAUGAUGGAAAA